AGGCAUCGUCAACGGCAGCUUCGCACUGAGUUCGCGCGGUCGAGCAGCAGCAGAAGCAGCAGCGGUAGCAGUAGAGCCGUCGUUAGCGGUUUUCCACUCCGGUUCCUUCCGCAGGAUUUAUCGGUGUUUUAGCAGCAUUAGACAGCGGGCAUUGGGCGAUACGGUGGUCGUGCCUAAUCUGGGCGAACCGGAUCUCCCACUCCCCGGCCCGGCCAUGGACGAGCAGGCGGGCCCCGGCGUGUUUUUUAACAACAACAACAACUCGGUGCUCCCCGGAGGGGGGAAAGCGCCGCAGCCGGGCGACGUGGGAGGCGGAGAGGCGGCCAGGGCGCAGUACAGCAUCCCGGGGAUCCUGCACUUUCUGCAGCACGAAUGGGCCCGGUUCGAGGUGGAGAGGGCGCAGUGGGAGGUGGAGCGGGCCGAAUUACAGGCUCAGAUCGCCUUCCUGCAGGGUGAGAGGAAAGGCCAGGAGAACCUGAAGAAGGACCUGGUGAGGAGGAUCAAGAUGCUGGAGUACGCCUUGAAGCAAGAAAGGGCGAAAUACCACAAGCUGAAGUAUGGAACUGAACUCCAGCAGGGAGAUAUGAAGGCACCCAGCUAUGACUCAGAUGAUGGGAACGAGAAUGAGGCUCUUCCAGAACCACCCAACAGCCAGCUGAGCUGGAAACAAGGAAGGCAGCUUCUGAGACAGUACCUCCAGGAGGUGGGCUACACGGACACGAUCCUGGAUGUGAAGUCGCAGCGGGUGAAAGCUCUGCUGGGAUUGGCCGUGGACAGCGUGGAUCGGCCCGGAGAGCGGAGGCCAGAGCCAAUGGUGAACGGCACGGAGCCUUCAUCGCUGAAGGACAGCACCAACACCAUGAUGGGGAAACAAGAGAUGUCGGACUCUGCGACAGUUCUGGAGGCCGUCAAGUUAAUCGAGAGUGCUGCAGCAGAGUUCAGUGAUGAAGAUGAUGAAGAAGACAGUGAAGGGAGGGAGAAGACUAUCAUAGACUUGGCCACGAUGGUGAGGAAAAAGGUGUCCCCGUCUCCCUCCACCUCCUCAGCUGAUCUGAGCGAUGACCCAGACACUGAGGAGGCUCUGAAGGGCUUCGACUUCCUGGCCAGCAGUGAAGAAAUGGAGGGGUCGUCAGACUCUCCUGGUGGAGGAGAUGCACAAGACUGGGACAAAGAGGAGCAGAGCCCCAUGUCCGAGGCCUGGGAGGUGGACCAGGGCCUCAUCUCUAAACUCAAGGAGCAGUACAGGAAGGAGCGCAAGGGCAAAAAGGGGGUGAAGAGGCCAAACAGGUCUAAGCUACAGGACAUGUUGGCUAAUCUGAGAGAUGCUGAGGAUCUUCCCUCGAUGCAGCCUCCAGUGGCACCCCCUGCCAGACCCAGCCUGCCCCGGCUCAAUGAGCAUGAACUGGGCCGUGCUGACGAAGUGGAAGCUCUUACAUUUCCCCCCUCCUCUGGUAAAUCAUUUAUAAUGGGAGCAGAUGAAGCACUGGAGAAUGAGCUUGGUUUGGGAGAGUUGGCUGGUCUCACUGUCGCCAAUGAAGCUGAGAGCCUGGCUUAUGAUAUCACCAAUAACAAAGAUGCUCUGAGGAAGACAUGGAACCCCAAGUUUACCUUGAGGAGCCAUUUCGACUCCAUCCGCGGUCUAGCCUUCCACCCAGUAGAGCCGGUGCUGGUCACGGCCUCAGAGGAUCACACGCUGAAGAUGUGGAACCUGCAGAAGACUGCCCCCACCAAGAAGUGUGCUGCUCUAGAUGUGGAGCCCAUUUACACAUUCAGAGCUCACAGGGGUGCCGUUCUGUGUGUGGUGAUGAGCGGUAAUGGAGAGCAGUGCUUCAGUGGGGGAGUGGAUGGAACCAUUCAGAGCUGGAACACUCCAAAUCCCAACAUUGAUCCCUACGACUCGUACGAGCCCUCUGUGCUGAGGGGGGCACUGUGUGGUCACACGGAUGCUGUGUGGGGUUUGGUGUACAGUUCGGCGCACCACCGGGUGCUGUCCUGCUCGGGGGAUGGGACGGUGCGACUGUGGAACGCUGCAGAUACGUCGCCCUCUCUCGCUGUGUUCAACGAGAAUAAAGAGUUGGGUAUCCCCUCCUCCGUGGACCUGGUGUGCAGUGAGCCGGCUCAUAUGGUCACAGCCUUCAGCAAUGGGAGGAUGGGCAUUUUUAACAUGGAGACGCAGCAGCUGGUGCUGGAGCUGGAGUCUCAGAACGCAGGGGAGCCAGAUGCUCCUCAUCAGAUCAAUAAAGUUCUCAGUCACCCGACGCUGCCCAUCACCAUCACAGCGCAGGAGGACCGCCACAUCCGCUUCUUCGACAACAACACAGGCAAACUGAUUCACUCCAUGGUGGCCCACCUCGAUGCUGUGACUAGUUUAGCAGUGGACCCCAAUGGCCUGUACCUGAUGUCUGGUAGUCAUGACUGCUCCAUCCGCCUGUGGAACAUGGAGAGCAAGACGUGCAUUCAGGAGUUCACGGCUCACAGGAAGAAGUCUGACGAGUCGAUCAACGAUGUGGCAUUCCACCCCAGCAAGUGCUACAUCGGCAGCGCCGGAGCCGACGCCCUGGCCAAAGUCUUCGUAUGACCUCAGACCUCUGCUCCUUCCACGGACCAGCGGGGGUUUGAGUUCUGAACACCAACAGGACCCGAACAGGACGGGCAGGAGGUGCCUUUUUUUUUUUUUUUUUUUUUAAGACGGAGCUGAGCUGAGGAGGUCGCUUGGUGAAGUGCAGGCUGGAGGAGGCGGGUUGCGGCUUGGUUGGAUUGGAAUGUGUGGUGAUGGUGGGUGGCGUGAAGAAAUAAAAAAAAAGGGCACAGACUUCGCUCCAGCCGUUUUUACCCACGAACCCCUGGCUGAAAUCCAUAACCUCCCUCAUCCGGGCAGGCCUGGGUGUGUAAUGUGGACAUGUGCAGGAUGUUGGAACAACAAUAAAAAAAAACAAAAAAACUUUUAACAGAACACCAAACAUUACUCUUCUCCACCACCAGGGGGUGCCAAUGCUGCUCCCUUUUUUUUUGUCAGCCUCACCGGAAGUUGGGUGCUUCCCACACUUUUUCCCCCUCCAUUUUCUUCUUCUUAUUCUACUUUUACUUCACUUUUUUUUAAAUGAGAGAUCAUCAAAGAGCUGGAUGAGUCUCAGCUGCUCACACAUCAGUUCCUUGUCCAGAGAGCCUCUUUUAUCUUCUCUCAUUUGAAUCAGUUUAAUGAUGAUGUGCCUUUGCUUACAAAUACAGUUUGUGUAGAUCUCAGUUGAA